CCCCCCUGCUCGCGGGCCGCGUGCGGAGCCGCGCGCCCCGUAGGCUCUGGGACCGUGGCGGCGGGCGGCGGCGGCGGCGGCGGCGGCGGCGGAGCAGCCGUCCGCGGGCCAUGUCUUCUCCGGCCGUGGCGAGGGGCUCUCCGGGAGGGAGUCGGGAGACGGCCCUCAGGCCCCGGAGCCGAGGCCGGUUUUGGGAAGUGGGCGGCGGCGGCGGCGGCGGCGGCGGCGGCGACCAGCUGGAGCGCGCGGCCGCGGAGUCGGAGCGCUGGGAGCUGCUGCUCCGCCGCGGCGAGCUGCUGGCGCUUGGCGGCCACCUGAAGGGAGCGCUGGAGGCGUACGCGGCGGCGCUGCGCCGGGGGGCCCCGGUCAGGGCCGAAGUGCCUCUGGCCCCCGGUUGGGCUGCCUGGGGGUUUUAACUACGGGUUCCCCCCCCGGGGUGGGGCUGGAGCGCCGGCCCCCGCCUGCCGGCGCCGGGUCCGGCCGGGGCGUUUCAGCUGCCGGGGCCUGCGCGGGUUUCUCCACCGAACCGGGGGACGGUGGCCCUUUGGCCAUAGCUCUCCCGCCCCCCGCCCUGCGGAAAAAAAUCCGGUCCGCUCCGCCUCUGCCGGGACCGGCUGCCGCCCGCCGCCGUCGCCAGUGCCGCGGGUGCUGAGGGGACCGGCCCGCGGCCGCCGCCUCUGGCCGCCGCCAUCGCGGCCUCGGACUUCAGAACCAGCGUCGUCCUCAACCACCUGGCCGAGAAGUGGUUCCCGGGUCAGCGCGAGCGAGCCCGGGCGGCCGGCCGGCUCGGGGAGCUGCUGCUUCAGGGGCGCUACCGGGAGGCCCUGGCCGCCGCCUGCGAGGCGCUGCGAGCAGAGCCCAGUGAUUUGACUCUAAAAAUUUACAGAGCAGAAUCAUAUGCUGGUCUCCAAGAGUUUAAAGCAGCCAUAGAAGAUUUAAAUGCAGUUCUUUUUCAACUUCCAAACUGGCCUGAGGUUUACUUCAGGAAAGGAAAGGUACUCCAUGAUGCUGGCUUCUUAGGUGAUGCCUUACAGCUGUUUCUUCAGUGCUUAGCCCUUGAUGAAGAUUUUGCACCUGCAAAGCUGCAAGUAGAAAAGAUUUUGUGUGAUUUGUUAUCACCUGAAAACUUAAAAGAAGACCUAAAGGAGUCUUCCUGGAGUUCAUUACCAUGUGUUAAAAACAAACCUUUUGUUUUCCCUGUGGUAAUGGGAGAAUCUCAAUCCCCCAGUGAGCUCAGCCCACAACAGAAUGAAGAAAUACCAGCGGUCACUUCGGAGCCUGUCAAAGGCAGCUUAAGCCGUACUCAAUCAGCACAGGCUAUAAAUUCAGCAGACAUGUCUGCCAGAGGGGACUGUCUGAAAAGAGUGUCUUCAGAACCUUUACUCUCUGUUCAGGAGAAAGGUGUUCUGCUGAAAAGAAAGUUGUCUCUUUUAGACCAGGAUGUGAUGGUCAAUGAAGAUGGGAGAAAUAAGCUUAAGAAACAAGGAGAAAAUCCCAGUGAAGUCUGUAUGUUUUCAUUAGCUGAUGGGGACAUCCCAGAAGAAUUAAUAGAUGUCUCGGAUUUUGAGUGUUCUCUCUGCAUGAGGUUGUUUUUUGAGCCAGUGACAACCCCGUGUGGACAUUCGUUCUGUAAGAAUUGUCUUGAGCGUUGUUUAGAUCAUACACCAUAUUGUCCCCUUUGCAAAGAAAGCUUAAAAGAGUAUCUAGCAGAUAGGAGGUACUGUGUCACACAGCUGUUGGAAGAAUUAAUAGUGAAGUAUCUACCUGAUGAACUGUCUGAGAGAAAAAAAAUAUAUGAUGAAGAAACUGCUGAACUCUCACACUUGACCAAGAAUGUUCCCAUAUUUGUUUGCACUAUGGCCUACCCCACUGUGCCUUGCCCUCUUCAUGUAUUUGAGCCAAGAUACAGACUGAUGAUUCGAAGAAGUAUACAGACUGGAACCAAACAGUUUGGGAUGUGUGUCAGUGAUACACAAAAUAGUUUUGCAGAUUAUGGUUGUAUGUUACAAAUUAGAAAUGUGCAUUUCUUGCCUGAUGGAAGGUCUGUGGUUGAUACAGUUGGAGGAAAGAGGUUUAGGGUUUUAAAAAGAGGAAUGAAAGAUGGCUAUUGCACUGCAGACAUUGAAUAUCUGGAAGAUGUUAAGGUUGAAAAUGAAGAUGAAAUAAAGAACCUCAGAGAGCUUCAUGAUUUGGUGUACUCUCAAGCCUGCAGCUGGUUUCAGAAUUUAAGAGACAGAUUUCGAAGCCAAAUUCUUCAGCACUUUGGAUCAAUGCCUGAGAGGGAGGAAAACCUUCAGGCAACCCCUAAUGGACCUGCAUGGUGUUGGUGGCUUCUUGCAGUUCUUCCUGUAGAUCCCCGAUACCAGCUGUCAGUGUUGUCAAUGAAGUCUUUGAAAGAACGGUUGACAAAGAUUCAGCAUAUACUGACCUAUUUUUCUAGAGACCAAUCUAAGUAACCCACUGCUUGGAUCUUACUUCGAAGUUACCCUGAUCUGGCUGUGUUGACGGCCAGAUUGUCCGCUGCCUUUGCACAUCCAGUGCUGGUUUGAGAAAUGUAACGAAACUUUUUUUUUCUUUCAACCUCCUGAAUCAUGUGGUUCUGCAAAUGAAUACCUUCAACUAGGAUUUAGACCACUAAGAACCUGCACAGGAAAACACGCACUGAAGUGUGUUCAACCUCUAUGUUGUGAUGAAGUUGCACUAUGUACCCUAUUCUAAAAUGAGAUAAAAACUCUGUAUGUAUGUGUGUGUGUGGGUGUGUGGGUGUGUGUGUGCGUGCGUGUAUGUGUGGGGGUUGUGUGCAUUUUCUCUGGCUUUAAAAUUUUAAAAGAAAAAAAAAAGCCAUAGAGAGCAGAACUUGCCGAGGGUCAUUUAUUGUCCAAGUUUACAACAAUGGUGACACAAGUGUUUGCAGAUUGAAUUUGCCUCAGAUCUGUCUGUCCUAAUGCUUAUAUUUGCACAAGUAUGUACCAUACGACAUCGAGUGUCAUCCCUUGUUGGAAAUACUGCUCUUGCUGAACUGUCUUGACCAUUGACUCUGACACAGUUUCUUAUUUAUGUAAAUAUUUGUAUCCCAGUGGCCGCCAGGCACUGGGUGCAGAACCUAGAGCCAGUUUUCAGGAACAAUUGCAAACCUGACAUGGUACUGUGCAUCUAUUCAUACAACACUUAAAACUGUGAAAAUAUGGUUUACAUUUAAUUGUACAUAAAGGUAAAUGGAGAACUCAAUUCAGUACCAGUUAUUUUGUGCAUUUUAGGGGGCUUUUCAUGUUAACUGCCCAUCUAUGUAAUUUAUAGUUUGACAUGAUGUGUUUGUUUAAAAAAUUACAUAGUAUAAACCCACUAAGGAUCUGGAAGAGGAGAAGAAGCUUAAUGUAGAACUAAGCUUUUAAAGUGUGUUUUAUUUUUUAAUUCUGGUCUUGGUGCAAAUGUUAGUUAUGCCUUAUUCACAUCACAGCUAGAUCACCAUGCUGUGACAUGGUUUAUAUUCACGCUGCCCUAGAUACUUUUGUAAUUAUUUGUUGCAAAGUUGUGACUGUCCCUAUUAACUUUCUUUUAUGUAAGUAAUUUGUAAAAGUUUCUUACAAUUUUUGCUUUUGCUUAUUUAAUUUUGAAUAAAAGCUAAAUUCAUAAUAA